AUGGAGCAAUCCCCCCUCACCCAGCAGCCUCGACCCGAGGCCUUUCAGCAGAAGAUUGUUCAGCUGUACGACGAGCUAUUCAAGGAAGAGGACGAUGGCGACAAGUCAGAGGGCUUCUGGAAGGAGUUCUUCCUGCUCAAACCCGACAAAUUCUCGUUGCGACACAUCCUAGACGAACUCAGCCCUGGCGAUUUGCUCCAGCUCGAGCUGCAAUGUCACGAGCUAUUCACAAGAUCCAUACAGGCCCUCAAGGGGACACAAGGAGCUGCCGACCUGCAUGCACUUGACACCCUGAGCACGUUCCUCUCCGCUGUCCUCGCCAAGAAGUACAUGAACCCUAGCUCCGACAUCAUAAACGUUCUAGCCGGCCUCGACCAUAUCGAUACCGUGUUUACGGACUUUGCGGGGGCGCUGGACUGGAUACUGCGGAAUGGCAGGAGUAUGGACGUUCGCCAGAAGGCUGUCGAGGUGGCACUGGCCGUCACAUCCGGGGCAUACCAGACGAGCUUGCUCACCUACUUCAUACAACGAGACUUGUUCCCGGCAAUCAUGAAGUUCGAGUUCCAAAACCCUUAUCAAUUACGAUUGAACGAUUUUGUCAACGAGGCUACGAUACAAAGGAUCAUCAAGAGCGUGGGGUAUGCCUCUCAAAGGUUAAGGGGCCAAUAUAUCGAUAUUCUGGAGGAUCUGCCGGAGGGCUGGACCUUAAGCAGCACACUUAAUAUGAUUGGACUUGGGGCGAUCGUGCCGGGACCGAAGCCGGAGAAGAAGCCAGUAUACGAUUCCGAGACACAGAAGAAGAUGUUUGCAGAAUUACCCGGGCUUGAUGCUGCCGUUUUGCUGGCCACAUAUGACUUCGCGCAUGCCAACAAGUUGUUCUGCUUCAACUUCGUUACACUGGCCCCUGAAAAGGGAGAAGAGCAAUCCUUUGCAGCGUUUAUCUCGUUGACUUCAUAUCUCUUGACACACGCCCAUCUCUCGCAACGGACAACAACCUACAGUCAUCUGAGUCUGAUGAUUUUCCGACUUCUGAUUGAGGACCCUGUUCUCUGCAAACGCAUGUGCAGCGAUGAAGGCAAGGUGGCAGUCCGUCUCUGCCGACAGCGUUCACCAUACUUGCCUCUUGUGAGAAAUGAACGGACCAUUGCAACGGCUGUUCUGGAUACGAUGAUUGACGGCAUUAACCAUAACCUUCGGCGGCGACUGGAUGUCGGACUGUACACUCUCUGCGUUGGCAUUCUCCUCCGCAUCAUCUCCUACAUGUCGAGGUCGCGGACACGCCUGCAUUAUCACUGGAACGAGCUUUUCCGGUCAUUGCUGUCACUUAUCCGCUUCCUGACCACAUACGCAUCUGAUCUCAAGGACCUCUCGCAUAUCGAAACGCUUCUGGACCAUGUGGUGAAUUUGCUUGCACUAGGUUUGUCAGCAGGAGAAGCGUUCUUACCCACACCGGCAGCAUACGACGACCUUUUCUACAAGGUGGUCGAGUCUGGUGAUAUCUUGACGAAGUUCCGGGACACGUAUGGUUUAGUAAACAGGCCAAGCAAUAGUAUCGAAACUCUCAUUAACGUGAGCACGCAUUACAAGAACUUACUGGCCGACGGCACACAUGGCAAAGGAGGCAAGGGAAGCCGCAUCGGUGGGGGAGCUGUCCUCACAAGCCUGCAGGUCGCGGAGGUGAUCAAGCAGGGAUAUGAGACGCUAAGUAUCCAGGCCAAGGAGGGUCUGGAUUCGUGGGAAAAGUACAGAGAAGCUGACGAGCGGACGCUGCUGAAGAAGGUGGCUAGAGUAGCUGUGGCCGAUGUAAGACUGCUCGUGGGAGAAUAA